UUCACGGUCCUCGGUUUCUCACACACUCCCACUCGGCGUGUACGUAUGUUACCGGGGGAUGGAGUAAAAGGAGAACAGUCAACAUGGGUCACGAGGAAGAAAACCAGAGCAAAACAGUGGACAUUUAUCGCGACACGUGGGUUCGCUUCCUCGGCUACGCCAAUGAAGUCGGGGAGGCCUUCCGGGCUCUGGUGCCAGUGAGUUUAGUUUGGGGCAGCUACGCUGUGGCCACUGCUUAUGUCACCGCUGAUGCUGUGGACAAAGGAAAGAAGGCAGCUGUGGCCCAUGGUGACAACCCAGGGAGGACAACACGUGUUGGAGUGGCGGUGGUGGACACCUUUGUGUGGCAGGCCCUGGCCUCAGUCAUCAUCCCGGGCUUCACAAUAAACAGAGUCUGUGCUGCUUCACUGUACCUGCUGGGCAGGACCACCAGGUGGCCUCUGUCUGUCCGCAAGUGGACCACCACAGCCAUCGGCCUCUCCACCAUCCCCUUCAUCAUUACACCAAUAGACAGGUCAGUGGACUUCCUGUUGGACUCAAGUCUCAGGAAAGUCUACAAUGAAGACGAGAAGCAGGAGUAACAGGUGGACCACGACUGGACAGAAUGACCGUCCGUUCUGUCCAUUCAAAUGUGCUGUGAGUUUUCUUGGCUGUGAAACAUCCAAAGACAUGGAAAGAAGGACUCGACACAGUAAGGUUUCACAGACAUAAAUAAACACACGUUGAUGCUGAAAGACACUAUUUUUCUUAGAGUAGGGUUAGUCGUAAAAAAAACUCAAAUGUAGCUCUGUGAAUUAUUGUGUCCCUGUGGGGACCUGCUGUUCUAACAUCUCAGGACAGUCUGGGACGGUGUUGGCCUGGUACAAAAAGGCCGUUUUUGUGUGAUUUUGGUAAUAAAAAAAAAAAAGUAAACUGUAGAUAGAAGUGUUGGUGAGAGUGAUCGGGAAGAUGAACUAAGUUCUACUGAAACCAGCUGAGCCACUCAAACUGGCUACGUCCGUUUCUUAUCAACAUUCUAUGGAGCCAACAGUUUGGAAACCAUGUGAAUAUUCAACUUUGCAAAAAAAACAAGAGUAACCCCUCAUCAUUCAGUGA